AUGGCCUCACCAUCCCCUUCGCCCAACACCGCCGCCGCCGCACCCUCCGCCGACGAGCUCGCCGCCGCCGCCGCCAGUGCCGACCCCAUCUUCAACCCCGACGAAGAAGCCUCCCUCCUCGCGACCGCCAACCAGCAAAAAACCCACGCCAACACGCUCUUCACCUCGGGCGCCUACAGCGACGCCAUCUCCGCGUACGGCCGCGCGCUGGCCAGCGUACCGAACUACUUGGACUACGAGGUCGCGGUGCUGCGGGCGAACGUGGCGGCGUGCCACGUCAAGCUGGAGGAAUGGAAGGAGGCGGUCACAGCGGCGGGUGAGAGUAUAGAGAGGCUGGAGGGUCUGGAUGGGGCGGAAUCGGGAGGGGAGAGCGGGAGUUCUGAGGAGAAGAAGAAGAAGAAGAAGAAGCCGGGACAGGACGACAAGGACAAGCCCGACCGCAAGGCCAAGCUGGACCCGAAUGCCAGCGGCGUGGUGGAGGAGCUGUCGGACAGCGACGAGGAGGAGGCCACGAAGCCGAAGGCCGCCGCCGCCGCCGCCGACACGGUGACGACAGAAGCAGCAGCAGGAGGCUCGCAAGGCGCGCAGCAAGACCAACAAAACGAAGACGAAAAAGUGGAAGCUCAAGACCACGACCACGACGACCACGACGCCGCCCUCCUCCGCCGGCGCCUCGCCCACCUCGACCGCCUCUCCCACACCGCCACCGACGUCCGCAAGCUGCGCACCAAAGCGCUGCUCCGCCGCGCCAAAGCCCGCGCCGCGCUGGGCACGUGGUCGGACCUGCAGGGCGCCGAGGACGACUACCGGGCGGCGGCGGCGACGCCCGGCGGGCUGGCGCCGCUCGACAAGAAGGCCGUGGACCAGGCGCUGCGCGAGCUGCCGGCGCGGCUGAACGCGGCCAAGGAGAAGGAGGUCGGCGAGAUGAUGGGGAAGCUGAAGAACUUGGGCAACGGGCUGCUGAAGCCGUUUGGGCUGAGCACGGAUAAUUUUAACUUUGUCAAGGAUGAGAAGACGGGGGGGUAUUCGAUGCAGAUGCAGUAG